CGCCCAAAGGAGGCGCUUCACCGGCCGGUGUCGUGCGAAGCAGAGGAGGACCCUAAUGAGCUUCGGAACACUGAGUCACUCGGUCUUUCAUUUUGGCUGAACGCGGUUUUUAACACAAAGCUAGUAAAAAUCAUGGUGGCUGCUUAGACAAAAGAAAAAAAGAACUAAAAUGUUUCAAAAAGACACGCUGCUGCAUCUCUUCGCCGGGGGAUGCAGUGGCACAGUGGGAGCCAUUGCAACCUGCCCACUGGAGGUGUUGAAAACACGGUUGCAGUCCUCUGGCCUCACCCUCCGGCCUGUCUUCCAGGUCCAGCUGGGUACCCUCAAUGGGGCUGGGGUUAUCCGACCUGGGACGGUURCACCUGGGCUGCUGCAGGUCCUACGAUCAAUUCUUGAAAAAGAGGGACCAAGUUCUCUUUUUCGUGGACUGGGGCCUAAUCUUGUUGGUGUUGCCCCUUCAAGAGCCAUUUACUUUACUGCUUACUCAAAGUCGAAAGAGAUGUUCAAUGGGCUGUUUGUCCCCAACAGUGGAUUAGUCCAUAUGUCUUCAGCUGGUGUUGCAGCUUUUGUUACCAAUUCUCUGAUGAACCCCAUCUGGAUGAUCAAGACGAGGAUGCAGCUGGAGAAAAAAGCCAGAGGAGAGAAGAAGAUGAAUGCACUUCAGUGUGCUCGCUACGUUUACAAAAAAGAGGGAGUCCGGGGCUUCUACCGCGGCCUGACUGCGUCCUACGCUGGCAUCUCAGAAACCAUGAUCUGCUUCCUCAUCUACGAGGCGCUGAAGAAACAUCUCGCCAAGAGACAGUUCGCCUCCUCAAAUGGUGAAAAGGAGAAAGGAGCGUCAGACUUCCUGCGUCUGAUGAUGGCGGCGGCUUUUUCAAAGGGUUGUGCUUCCUGCAUAGCCUACCCACACGAGGUCAUUCGGACAAGGCUGCGUGAAGAAGGCAGCAAGUAUAACUAUUUCUUUCAGACCGGGAGGUUAAUUUGGGUGGAGGAAGGUUAUGCAGCUUUUUACAGAGGACUCAUUCCACAGCUAAUCAGACAAAUCCCCAACACAGCCAUCGUCCUCUCCACGUACGAACUCAUUGUGCAUCUGCUGGGAGAGUCCAAGUGAUGACACAUUUGAAACUUGCCCGUCGAACAAUGGAUGUCACACACAAAAAAACCCUGAGACACACUGGGCGAGAGACUUCUGAAAACAUAGCACAAACAUGUUUUUGACGUGGUUGCAACACGAACUGUUCUGAUGAAACUGUAGCUGCUUGUACUGCUUGUCCACAGAGCUUUAGACACAUUUAAUUUAAAGCUUGUUAGGAGUUUUAACAAAACAACUCAAGUUAUGGUACUUAUUAAAACUCCAAACCUGUUGGGGAAGAAGAGGUCAUUUUUGUAGAAGACUAGUUUUAAGUUAACUAAAUUAUUUUUUUUUGUAAAUUAAUGUUUUCUUUGUUAUAUUGUAACACUUGAACAGACGGACAGAGUCGUAUUUAAAGAAGGGAUAUCAUUCUGAAAAAUGUCCAAUGCUGUUCUUUGCUUUAACACAGGCUACCUUACGAUUUUUGUUAUAUAUUUUGAAGUUGACUUCGGAGCUACAGAGAGAUUUAUUGUAUUUUUCCAUAAAUAUUCAAAUCUACAGAGUUAUGUUUGUUCUUUCUUUAUGGAGAUGUUCAUCUUUUACAAAAUAAGUACCUGGAUCUUGGCUUGACCUCAAGAAUGAAACRCAUCAAAAACACGAGUUAAUAAAGUAAUAAUGUUCA